AUGAGACUUGAACAAUUUCUUCCUAUUGCGCUGCUCGCUGUACAGUGCGGUGCAAGCCCACAGCAAAGCCGCAAGACGUGCACCGUCAAAGCUAGCGGUACCAACCAGACUGACGAUGCACCUGCAAUCAGAGCAGCCUUCAAGGAGUGUGGCCGCCAUGGCAAGAUUGUGUUUAACCCCACAACGUACUACGUCAACUCGGUUCUGAAUAUCACCGAUCUGGAGGACGUCGACGUCGAUGUUCAAGGACAGUUGCUCUGGAGCACCAACAUCCAGUACUGGCUGAACGCGUCCCUUCCAGUCGGCUACCAGAAUCAGUCCACGGCUUUCGUCCUUGGAGGCAACAAUGUCCGUAUCGAUGGCCAUGGUGUCGGUACACUGAACGGGAAUGGCGACUAUUGGUAUCAAUGGAUCAAGCAGCAGCCCAACACAUCGAACUACCCUGGCCGACCACUUCAGAUCACCUUCAACGGACUCACAAACUCGGUCGUGAAGGGUCUUAGAUUCUUGAGAAGCCAGAUGUGGACUAUGGCCAUCAUCCACAGCUAUGACAGCGUCUGGCAGGACAUCUUCAUUAACAACACUGGUAACGUAGUGUCAAGUUCAAAUACAGACGGUGUUGACACAUUCUUCUCUUCGAACCUCCUUUUCAAAAACUGGACCGUCUACAAUGGCGAUGACUCGUUCUCCGCCAAGGCGAACAGCACCAACAUCACGAUCCUCGAUUCGCACUUCUACCACGGACUUGGCAUUGCCAUUGGUUCUAUCGGGCAGUACAAUGACCAGUUCGAGAUUGUAGAGAACAUCCGCGCCGAGAAUGUUUACUUCGAAGACACGCUGCAUGCUUUUUAUGUCAAGACCUGGACAGACGACCAAGUUGGCUUUCCUCCAAAUGGUGGAGGCGGUGGUCUUGGAUUCGCUCAGAAUAUGCAGUUGAAGAACUUGACUGUGAAGAAUGCUCGUGGAGGCUUGUUCACAAUUAGUCAGUGUACAAGGUUCAGUGGCGCACCUGGCGUAGGCAACUGCACCAACAGCCAGUUCCAAGUCAAAGAUGUCAACAUCCAGGGCUUGAAAGGAACAACAAAGGAUCUUCGGUUCGACUUUGACACGAGUCUCGACUUCCUACCACACCUGCUUGCUCAGGUCGAUACUACCUUGCAUUGCUUGCGACAAGAAUUGAUUGGGAAAGCGAGCUUCAAGAUACUCCAAUGCGAUCUAGACAAGCGGCCUACAGCAGAUGCGAAUGGAAUUCCUUCGCCACAGAGCCUACUAUUAAAGAACAUGGAGUACCUAUUUCUCUUACGACCUGGCGCAAAGAUCUAUGUUAUUCUUGAGUCUCCACUGCCAUGGUUCUCAGAGUCAAUAAAUCUGCAGGAGCGACAAGCUCAAUUCCUAGCCCGCGUACUGGACAUCAUCUUCCCAACCUUAAUACGGUUGCGACGAGCUGGCUAUGCACUAGCAAUCUGUAUUGAUCCCGGCUCGAAUGUACGGUUCCAAGAUGGACAGCAAAUCUGGCGUUACGAGCUGAAGAAUUUGAUCACGCCUAGCAAUGCGCACUUCUCGUGUCAGGGCUUUGUUGAAAGAUUUUUGAAGGACGACGGCAGGAAGCUCAGGUACAGGUCGCCGCCUAGGGUCACCGGCUGA